AUGGCUGACUUACUCCUCCUCUCUUCUCUCUCUCUCUCUCUCUCUCUCUCUCUCUUACUGUACUCCGUCCCUCCUCCCUCUUCCUCCUCCUACCACCACCACCACUGCACUUCCCCUCCUUUCCCUUUGCCACGACCACGACCACAACCACCAACCACACCACUACCACACUCUCUUCCCACGAAUCCUCUGGGGAGCCUACCUAGUAGUAGUACUUCUUCCGAGUCCUCCUCCAGUUGCUCCUCCUGGUUGAACCCCUCGCUCGGUCGUGAUUGGUUCCGAAGGCGCAACGUCAGGACUGCCCUGCUCAGCCCCAUAGAAGUCCGCGCGCCUCCAUCUUCAGGAUGGGUUCCAACCUGCCUGCCCCAUGCCCCUUUCUCGACUGUCGAGGAUGGCGCCUACGGAUGGAUGGAGACUGACGGAGAGCGUGAUCCUACAGUUAUCGCCGCGGACGGUCUAUACAAGCGUGAUGUCUUCCGAUUCCCCGAUCCUUUUGCGGUGGCCACCGUUGGGGGCGAACAAACCCACACGACGUCGGUAAUCAAGAAGACGCUGAACCCUUACUGGAAUGAAAUGUUUGAUCUACGAGUCAAUGAGGACAGUAUUCUCGCAAUCCAGAUCUUCGACCAGAAGAAGUUCAAGAAGAAGGAUCAGGGAUUCCUUGGUGUUAUCAAUGUACGGAUUGGCGACGUGAUCGAUUUACAGAUGGGUGGUGAUGAAAUGCUCACCCGCGACCUCAAGAAAUCCAACGACAAUCUGGUCGUUCAUGGAAAGCUUAUCAUCAAUCUGUCCACCAACCUCACCACCCCCAUCCCUAACCAGGCUAAUGGCUUGCAUCGUUCACAUGCUCAGCCAUCGACAUCCAGUGGACUUGUCCCGCAAGUAUCGUCACCGCAUCCUCCGGUCGGUCCCGGCCCGGUCGAUUCGUCCGCCGCCGCUUCUACUGCGUCUCUGAACCCUCAGCGUGUUCCCUCGACCACCCGACCGACCAGCAUCAUUGCUCCGCCGCCCAAUGGCGCCCCGGCUGCACCAGCCAAUGGUCAGCAAGGCUCUCGCACCAACCUGAGCUCGUUUGAAGACAGUCAGGGCCGGUUGCCAGCGGGCUGGGAGCGCCGAGAAGAUAAUCUGGGGCGGACCUACUACGUUGACCACAACACACGGACUACGACUUGGACUCGGCCAUCAUCGAACUACAACGAACACACGCAGCGUACGCAGCGCGAAGCCAACAUGCAACUGGAGCGUCGCGCCCAUCAGAGUCGAAUGCUGCCCGAAGACCGCACGGGUGCCAAUUCUCCGAACCUGGCUGAGGGCCAACAGCAGCCGGCGCCGCCGCAGGCUCAAACACCUCCGGCAGGAGGCAGCGCCAAUGCAGUUUCUAUGAUGGCGACGGGAGCUACCACUGCAGGCACUGGUGAGCUCCCACCCGGAUGGGAGCAGCGCAAUACACCUGAGGGCCGGCCAUACUUCGUGGACCACAACACCCGCACUACGACUUGGGUGGAUCCUCGGCGUCAACAGUACAUUCGCAUGUACGGGCAGAAUUCCAACGGCACCAAUACCACGAUUCAGCAGCAGCCGGUGUCGCAGUUGGGUCCGCUGCCCAGCGGAUGGGAGAUGCGAUUGACGAAUACAGCCCGAGUGUACUUCGUGGAUCACAACACCAAGACGACCACCUGGGAUGACCCCCGUUUGCCUUCCUCUCUGGAUCAGGGCGUACCGCAGUACAAGCGUGACUUCAGACGCAAGCUGAUCUACUUCCGGUCUCAACCGGCAUUGCGUAUCAUGUCUGGACAGUGCCACGUCAAGGUCCGACGUAACAACAUCUUCGAGGACUCAUACGCCGAGAUCAUGCGGCAGAGCGCUUCCGAUCUCAAGAAGCGCUUGAUGAUCAAGUUCGAUGGCGAAGAUGGUUUGGAUUAUGGUGGUCUCUCACGUGAAUUCUUCUUCCUUCUUUCUCACGAAAUGUUUAACCCGUUCUAUUGUCUUUUCGAGUAUUCCGCGCACGAUAAUUAUACCCUUCAAAUUAAUCCUCACUCUGGAGUGAACCCGGAGCACCUGAACUACUUCAAGUUCAUCGGACGAGUUGUCGGCUUGGCCAUCUUCCAUCGUCGAUUUUUGGAUUCCUUCUUCAUUGGCGCCUUCUAUAAGAUGAUGCUGCGAAAGAAGGUCUCGCUCCAGGACAUGGAGGGUGUUGAUGAGGACUUGCACCGCAACUUGACAUGGACUCUAGAGAACGACAUCGACGGUGUUUUGGAGUUGACGUUCGCGGUUGAUGACGAGAAGUUCGGCGAGCGUACCACUGUUGACCUGAAGCCGGGCGGUCGCGACAUUCCGGUGACGAACGAGAACAAGCAUGAAUAUGUUGAAUUGGUGACGGAGUGGAAGAUUGUGAAGCGGGUGGAGGAGCAGUUCAAUGCCUUCAUGUCUGGGUUCAACGAGCUGAUUCCGGCCGAUCUGGUCAACGUGUUUGACGAGCGCGAGUUGGAAUUGUUGAUUGGUGGUAUUGCGGAUAUCGAUGUUGACGACUGGAAGAAACACACCGAUUACCGCGGCUACCAGGAGCAGGACGAAGUCAUCCAGAAUUUCUGGAAGAUUGUCCGUAGCUGGGAUGCCGAACAAAAGUCUCGUCUCCUGCAGUUCACCACUGGUACCUCGCGUAUUCCGGUCAACGGAUUCAAAGAUCUGCAAGGCUCGGACGGGCCUCGCCGGUUCACUAUCGAGAAAUCGGGCGAUCCCAACGCAUUGCCCAAGUCGCACACUUGCUUCAACCGUCUGGAUCUACCUCCGUACAAGACACACGAAGCUCUGGAACACAAGAUGUCCAUUGCUGUGGAAGAGACAUUGGGUUUCGGACAAGAGUAGAGCUGCAUGAUCAGACAUGUUGUAUAUGACCUCUACAUUGAAAAUCAGGUCAAGCGCCAUGGGCUAUGGUAUGGCGCUAAUACAGGACACAAGUUUCUAGCAUUGAGAGAUAAUCAUUCCCCACCUUCGUUGAUGAUAUAUUAUUGUUGCAUGCGCGGGUGGAAUUGGAGCCGAGCAAGCCGAGCGAACAAAUGCGCGCUGGAGCCCGAGGACCUACCUUUACGUUUGAAUCGUCUUUAUUUCCGAUUGAAUUGUGGCGAACUGUAUAUAGUGUAUUAUUGUUCGGACAACUGGGAGCUGCCAUUUGGGCCAGGCUGGAUAGUAAAUAAGUUAACCAUUGUAGAUUUGCCCCAUCAUCGAUGGGCCGAGUUCUUG